AUGACUACCCUCAAGGCCGGAGAUAGCUUCCCAGAAGGCGUAACCUUCACCUACGUCCCUUACACCCCAGAGCUCGCCGGCGUAACAGCCUGCGGUAUCCCCGUCAAGUACGACGCCAGCAAAGAAGCCAAAGAAAAGAAACUCGUCAUCGUUUCCGUCCCCGGCGCUUUCACACCCACCUGCCAAAAUACUCAUAUCCAAGGCUACAUUGAGAAGUUACCUCAACUCAAGGCCGCCGGCGUCGACCAGGUCCUAGUCAUCUCCUACAACGACGCUUGGGUCCAAGCAGCCUGGGCCAAGGCCAACGGCAUCAAGGACGAGAUUAUCUUCGCUUCCGACGACGGCGCCCCCUUCAGCAACAGCAUCGGCUGGACCCUCGGCGCCCGCACCGCCCGCUACGCUAUCGUCGUCGACCACGGCAAGGUUGUCUACGCCGAGAAGGAGCCUGACAAGGGCGUCACCGUCUCCGGCGUCGACGCUGUCUUGGCUAAGCUAUAA